AGAUACCUAGAAGAAAUAUAUAUUGAUAAUUUUCUGAUUGAUUUGUAAAUACUUAAAUUUAUAUGAGUAGAACAAAACAAUAAUAAUAAUAGAAAUAGACAGUCAUUUCGUGAAGCAUCAGCUGAUGGCCGCCUCUGCCCCGCACCUGGCCUGUCAAAUGGCGGCACCCUGAGUGACCUUGACCCUGGCAGUGAUCCAUAGCACCUGCCAGGCUGGAGAUGGACCUGGAGGGGGGUGAGGACAGUGGGGGUGCCGGGGGCCUGCUGGCUCUCAGCCCCACUGGCCUCACACACUCCCACCUGACUUUGGGGCGCAGGGAAGCUGGCGUGGUGACCCUGCAAGAGGGCACCCCAGGGGAGCCACUGCUGCUGUGCCCCAUGGACGAGGAUGGGGUGGGGGCCGGCGCUGCGCUGCCCCCAGAGGCUGCCAUCACCUACGCCACACUGGAUGCUGGGGAGGACUUUGUGCUACAGGCAGGGGGUAACGCAGUGGCCCCUCGGUGGAAGGAUGCCACGGAGGGCCAGCUGGUGGUGGUGGGGGAGGCGGGCUCUGGGGAGCCCAUCACCUACAUCUACAUCAAGGGUGAAGGGGAGGGGGAGGAGGGGGACAAGGAUGGGGUGGAGGGGCACACCAUCACCCUCAAUGCAGCAGACGGCUCGGCCCUGCAUACCCUUCCGGCGCCCUACGCCUCACACCCAUAUGGGGACUUGGUGCUAGUGGGACCCCCAGCCACCCAGGAGGAUGCCACCCUAGAAGCCAUGGCUGGGGAAGGGGAAGAGGGGGAGGGGGUGCAGCCUGAGAAGCGCGUUCUGUUAUUGUCUGUGGGCCACCUCAAGAUGGAGGAUGGGGCCCCCACCACCAUGUCAGACCCCGAUCCUGCUGAAGAGGAGGUACCGGAAUUGGAGACAUCGGCCGCCCCCCUGAAGGUGGUGCGGGGCCGCCGCACCGAACAGCAACGGCGGCAGCAACAGGAGCAGGCCAGCGGAGAGGUGCUGCAGGAGGAGGAAGACGACGGCAGCACGUUCGAAGUGCGACUGGCCACGCGGGACUCCAUGCUGCCACCACGCAGGGUGCGCCGCAGUGCCCCAGCUGGCAACAUGUCCUGCCCCGCCUGUGAGGCACGCUUUAGGUCAUCACGGCAGUACCACACCCACCUGCAGAGCCACCGGGGCCCCGAUGCUUGGCACUGUCCUGUGUGCCGCCACCCGUGCGACACAGCUGCUGCCCUUCGCACCCACCGGGCAGCAGCGCACAGCACAGCGCGGCCCUUCCCCUGCCCCAGCUGCCCCCUGGCGUUCCCCAAGAGCCUGGUGCUGGAGGACCACAUCCGUUCCGUACACAACAAGGAGAGGCCCUACCCCUGCUCCCUGUGCUCCAAGGCCUUCUACCGUCCCUACGACCUCAAGAUGCAUCUCAACCUGCACCUGGGCAUCAAGACCAAGGUGUGCGACGUGUGUGGCCGCCAGUUCAGCCACUCCUCCAACCUGAUCCGCCACCAGUGCCUCCACACUGGUGUCAAGCCCUACGUGUGCAGCAUCUGUGGCAAGCGCUUCAAGCAGGUGACACUCCUGCACAAACACCACAUGAUCCACCAGGAGGGAAGGUGCCCGUUGUGCCCCACCCCAGUGCCCACUGCCACAGCCACUGCCCUGCGCCGCCACUACCGCCUGGAGCACAAAAAGACCAUCACGCUGAAGGAGGCAUCCCGUGUGCUGCGGGGCCAGCGGGGGCCGGCGCCACGCUGCUUCUACUGCCGGGUGUGUGGCGCCCAGUUCAGCGUGAAGGCUGACCUCAAGGCACAUGAGGAGGAGGCACACCCUGGGGACGGCCACCAUCACUGUGCCUCCUGUGGCCGUGUGUUCCCCAUGAGUGAGGUGAAGACGCAUGCCUGUCUGUCCCCAGAGGAACACCGCAACACCAUGAACCUCCUGCACCUCAGAGCACACCAGACCACCACCAGGGACAGCACAGCCACCACCACCACCAUCACCACCGCUGCAGCCACCACUACCACCACCACUGCCACCUCACAGGAUGGCUCCAGCACCACACUCAUCCUGCGGGAGGAUGCCGUGCCUGUGCAGGAGGGUGAGGUGGAGGAGGAGGAAGAGUACCUGGUGGUGUAUAUAACACCUGAGGGAGAGAGCAUGUCCUAUGUGAUGAAGAAGGGUAACAGGCCAUGGCAGGAUCAGGUGUUGCAAGUAGAUGCCCCUGGGGAGCCACUGGGGGUGGAGGAUGCCCUGCCACACCCUGAAGACACUAUCAUGAUCAACGUGCACCACCAGGACACAGACAACACCCUCCUGCUGACCCCAGGCGAGGCACAGACCCCUGCCCCACCAGAGCCCCUCGUGGACGACACUCCACCCCUGCCCCUCCAUACCAUCAAGCUGGAGCCCCAGGGUGGUGAAGAGGAGCCCCUGGAGUCACUGGCAGCCCCUGACAAGUCCUUGCUACCCCUAGUCACCCUUACAAUCCCCAAGACAGAGGUGGAGGUGCCAGUGCAGCGACUCAAGGAAAUCCCAAUAAAGUCCGAAGUGAUGGAUGAGGAAGAGGAGGAGGAUGAGGAGGAGGAAGUUGAUAAUGGGAAGAAGGACACCACCACCAGUGUUCCCAAAAAGCUUGUAGGAGGAGGAGGAGGAAGAGGAGGAGGGGAGAAGCAAGGCAAUGAAAAGGGUCAUCUGGUGUGUUGUGACUGUGGAAAGACAUUUAACAAGCAGUGGAAUUUCCAGCAGCACCUGGCCACCCACAAUGCCUCCCUGCACCGAUACAAGUGUGACAAGUGUGGCCUCACCUUCGCCUACCGCUCCACUCUCAACAAGCACAUGGACCACCACAACCCAACGCCACAGAUACACCAGUGCCAGCAGUGUCCAAAGACCUACAAGUGCCUGGCAUCCCUCAAGCAGCACCACAAGCGUGACCAUGAGAGGCGGAGGCCCUAUGCAUGUGAGAUGUGCAGCAAGGAUUUCUUCAGUAAGAGUGAUUUUAAGUACCACAUGAGACUGCACAAGAGGGAGCACCCGUACAUGUGCUUCACCUGUGGCCAGAAGUUCUCCCACGUGUCACACCUGCACCGUCAUGAGAGAGUCCACACUGGCGAGCGUCCCCACAAGUGUCCGUUCUGCCCCAAGACUUUCAUUCAGCACGGCACAUUGCGAAUACAUCUCAAGAAGCACGAGAAGCAAGACCCAGAUCUUGAGACAACCACAGAUCCCUCACAGCAGCAAGCCAACACCACAAUGCCAACGGACGACACGUUCUCCGACACUGCCAACCUCACACUCAAGCUAGCCAUGACAGAGGGGGCCGAGACACUUGACGAUACCACAUUGUUAUCUAAGGAUGCUGGUGGGGACCUGCUAGGGAUACACGGGGAGGAGGGGAUUACUCUCGGCCACGACACAGGGAAUGUGGAGUCAACACUGGGCCAGGACACCCUCCCAUCAGGGACUAUGAUACUGACAGAGGGGGGGCAGGGGCCAGGGCAGUUCUCUGGGGGCCACACAGCAAUGAUGGCGGGGGUGGAUGGGGAGUGCAUUGCUAUAUUUGUCCAGGAGGAGCUCACCUAGCCUGCCUGUCCAUGCUGGCUGACUCUCAUUGUUACUGUUGCUGUUUCUACAUUCCAUCAUACUCAUGUACAUUUGCAUAUGUUUCUAAUAUAUUUUUUAACAUUAAAUUUUUGAAUAACA